AUGGACAUUAUCAGGAGCAAGUCUCAGUCUCGUCGGGUGAGGCUCAAUGUGGGUGGGCUGCUCCAUGAGGUCCUGUGGAGGACACUGGACAGACUGCCCCGCACCAGGCUUGGGAAGCUGAGGGACUGCAACACCCACGAGUCCAUCAUAGAGAUCUGUGACGAUUACAGUCUGGAAAACAAUGAGUACUUCUUUGACCGGCACCCAGGGGCCUUCACAUCCAUACUGAACUUCUACCGAACAGGAAAGCUGCACAUGAUGGAGGAGAUGUGUGCCCUGUCCUUCAGUCAGGAGCUGGACUUCUGGGGCAUCGAUGAGAUCUACCUGGAGUCCUGCUGCCAGGCGAGGUACCACCAGAAGAAGGAGCAGAUGAACGAGGAGCUGAAGAGGGAGGCGGAGAACCUGCGCGAGCGAGACGGCGAGGAGUUCAGCACCACCUGCUGCGCCGACAAGAGGAUGAAACUGUGGGACCUGCUGGAGAAACCCAGCUCAUCCUUCGCUGCUAAGAUUUUGGCGAUCAUUUCCAUCCUCUUCAUUGUGCUGUCCACCAUUGCCUUGUCCCUGAACACCCUCCCCGAGCUCCAGGACACAGACGAGUUUGGUCAACCCACAGACAACCCCCAGCUGGCCCACGUGGAGGCCGUGUGCAUUGCCUGGUUCACCAUGGAGUACCUACUUCGUUUCCUCUCUUCCCCAAACAAAUGGAAGUUCUUCAAGGGUCCACUAAACAUCAUCGACCUGUUGGCCAUCCUCCCGUAUUACGUCACAAUAUUCUUAACAGAAUCCAACAAAAGUGUUCUGCAGUUUCAAAAUGUCCGCCGCGUGGUUCAGAUUUUCAGGAUCAUGCGGAUCUUGCGUAUCCUCAAGUUGGCCCGUCACUCCACAGAGUUUUACAAGGAGCAGAAACGUCAGGAAAAAGCCAUCAAGAGAAGAGAGGCCUUAGAGAGGGCAAAACGAAAUGGUAGCAUCGUGUCCAUGAAUAUGAAAGAGGCGUUUGGUCGUGGUAUGGAGCUAAUGGACGUGAUGGUGGAUGAAGCUAUAGAAAACAAGAAAGGCCAGCUGCAGGAUAACCAUGUAUCUCCGUGUACUCAUGCUAAAGAUCAAUCUAAUAUACGGUCGAAUAACAGCAGCCCCACCAAGAAUCUGGACUCUACAUGCAAAGAGCAACUUCUGACUUCAGGCAGCAGUCCACAACAUUUAAGCGCUCAGAAACUGGAGGAGAUGUAUAACAAGAUGUCCGAGCCAGAUGCGCAAAGAGACGGCAGCAAAGACAAGAGCACAGGUUCCAAACACGUUCGACAGAGGGCAGAGCUUGAGGCAGGGGCAAAACAAACGGCACCUCUAUGCGGCAACACGGAGCCUGUGAUGGACAUGAAGAGCAUCUCCAGCAUUGACAGUUUCAUGAGCUGUGCCACGGAUUUUGCCGACAGUUCACGAUUCUCGCAGAGCCCGAUCAGCAGUAUUCACCAAGGAAGAGUGAGCGCCAACCCAGGCCUGGAACCCACCAUGGAGGCUGAUCACGAGGGUUCCCAAGGCUCUCUUGACCCCAUACAGAAUCCAUAUCAAGACCCUCACACCAACCACCCCCACAAAGGGCACAUGAGAGUGAACUAUCGACGUGAGUCGGGAGCAGACGGGUCAUCGGUGCAAAGUCCAGAAGCGUCCAUGUACACCACCGCCAGCAGCAAGACGCCGACCAAAAGCCCAGAGUACAUCCGCCCCAACGUCUUCACAUUCCAUGAUACGUCGGUCAGUAAAUUUAUCGACGCCGACACAGAUGAAGAGGAGCACCUUCACGAAGCAGGCGCCAACCCUGGGCGCAGACUUCUGGACAAUGGAAGUCCCAAGUUUGGACGUCGUUCCAAUCACGCUCAGAGGAAGUUAGGAAAAAACACUUCGGUGAUAGAAAGCCAGGAAAACCACGUGGCUCAGGAUCUACAGCCACAUCAGGGAGACAGCUCCAAUGCUUAA